AUGUCUGUGGCUCAGAUUUCCACCGAGGAUAACGAUCGAGAGUCCAAAAAGGCUAAGAAGGGAGCUUCACAAGUGUUGGGUUUCUCGAACAAAGAUAAGAUUGGAACCAUCCAACCUCAUAACCAUGCUCUGGUAGUCACACUUAGGAUUGGAGGAUAUAAUGUGAAGAGAGUGCUGGUAGAUCAGGGCAGCGCCGUGGAAGUAAUGUACCCCGACCUGUACAAGGGGCUGAACCUAAAACCCGAGGACUUAUCGGCGUAUGAUUCCCCUCUAGUGAGUUUCGAAGGAAAAACCGUUACUCCAAAGGGCCAGAUCAGGCUACCCAUACAAACCGGUUCGGAUGUGAUAGAGGUGGAUUUCAUUGUAGUUGACGCUUAUUCACCCUACAUGGCCAUUGUGGCUAGACCUUGGCUUCAUGCCACCAGAAGGUGA